UCCCCCCCCCUCCCCCCCCCUCCUCUCUGUCUAUCUUUCGCGGCUCUAACAUAAACACAUACAAAAAGCACAUAUACAUAGAGAGAGAGAGAGAGAGAGAGAGAGAGAGAGGUGAGAGAGACAUCGCCGCCGAUACACUCACGUAAUGGCGCUGUACGUUCUGUACGAGUCAGCCUCGGGUUACGCCCUGUUUCUCGCCCACGGCCUCGACGAAAUCGGCCAGAACACUGAGUCGGUUCGUAACUCGGUCUCCGAUCUCAACCGAUUCGGAAAGGUCGUGAAGCUCGUCGCUUUCACGCCGUUCGAGUCCGCUCUCGACGCUCUCAACCAGUGUAACGCUGUCUCCGAAGGACAAAUGACAGAUGAGUUGAGGAACUUUUUGGAGCUAACCCUCCCAAAAGUUAAGGAGGGAAAGAAGCCUAAGUUUAGUUUAGGAGUUGCUGAGCCUAAGAUUGGCUCCCAUAUUUUAGAAGAGACGAAGAUCCCCUGCCAAAGUAAUGAGUUUGUUCUUGAGCUUCUUCGUGGUGUGCGUUUGCAUUUUGAUAGGUUCAUUCAGAACCUGAAGCCUGGUGAUUUGGAGAAAGCCCAACUUGGUCUAGGACACAGUUACAGCAGGGCAAAGGUCAAGUUCAAUGUAAACCGUGUCGACAAUAUGGUUAUUCAGGCUAUCUUCCUUCUUGAUACUCUUGAUAAGGAUAUCAAUUCCUUCUCCAUGAGAGUCAGAGAGUGGUACUCUUGGCAUUUCCCUGAAUUGGUGAAGAUUAUCAAUGAUAACUAUCUGUAUGCCAAAGUUGCGAAAUUUGUUGAUAAUAAAUCAGAGUUGUCCGAUGAACAUAUCCCAGGUCUGACUGACAUUGUUGGAGAUGAAGACAAAGCAAAGGAAAUAGUAGAGGCGUCAAAGUCAUCUAUGGGACAGGACUUGUCUCCAAUUGACCUAAUUAAUGUCAAGCAAUUUGCCCAGAGGGUGAUGGACCUCGCUGAGUACAGGAAGAAGCUCUAUGACUACCUGGUGACUAAAAUGAGUGACAUUGCACCCAAUUUGGCUGCAUUGAUUGGUGAAGUGGUUGGAGCACGGUUGAUUUCUCAUGCUGGUAGCCUAACCAAUCUGGCAAAGUGCCCUUCUUCUACCCUACAGAUCCUUGGUGCAGAGAAAGCGCUCUUCAGGGCGCUGAAAACCCGAGGGAACACCCCAAAAUAUGGUCUCAUAUUCCAUUCUUCUUUUAUUGGACGGGCAUCUGCUCGAAACAAAGGCCGAAUGGCUCGUUAUCUUGCAAACAAGUGCUCUAUUGCAUCUCGCUUAGACUGUUUCUUAGAUAAGAAUACCACUUCUUUUGGGGACAAACUCCGUGAACAGGUUGAGGAACGACUUGAAUUCUAUGAUAAGGGGGUUGCUCCUCGGAAAAAUAUUGAUGUGAUGAAAUCUGCCCUUGAAAUUGUUCAAAAUAAAGAUACUGAGAUGGUAGUGGAAAAAGCACCUAUUGAAGCUUCAGUAAAGAAAAGCAAGAAAAAGAAGUCAAAAGCAGAAGCUGCGGAAGACAGUGAUGUAAUGGAAGAGGAUAAGCCAAGUGCUGCUACUAAUGGGGAUGCUUCUGAGGAGCCUAAAAGCGGAAAGAAAAAGAAGAAACGAAGAAUGGAACAGGAAUCGGAGCCGGAACAGGAUCAGACGGUUGAGAAUGGGAAUGGUGUGAACAGGUUGAAUGCAGAUGGGGGAUCGGUGAAGAAGAAAAAGAAGAGUAAGGAUGAAGAUAAAGAGGAUCUUCCAGCUGCUAGUGAAGGAAAGAAGAAAAAGAAGAAGUCAAGAAGCACAGAUGAGGACUGAGUGAACUUUUGCAACAUGUGGUUGGGGUAAGUUCAGGUUGAUGUGGAUCUGUUUUGCUGCUUUCUUUAAUGCUUUGACGUAUUAGCGCCAGAAAAGGGUCAUGUACCUGUGUGCUCAUUUUUGUCGUUGCAAAUUCUGAUCAAGAUUUGGUUUCAAAGAACUUGCUAUGCUCUAUGUUUAGGUUAAUGAACUUCUAUGUAUGUUAUGGUUCGAUUUCAGUU